GAAGCAGCAUAAUAACUGAAUGUUCCGAUCUCCUGAAGACCACCGUCUCUUCCCUUCACGCCACCAUGGCCACCACGUUCUCUCGCUUGCAUCGCCACCGCGCCACCGCCGGGACGAUUGCCGCCGCUGCCGCCGGCGCGUACGCCUGUCUCCGUGACUCUUCCAUCUCCUACAACGACCGUGACGGGGACGCCCUGGGGGCCUUCAGGAGGAAGAUAGCCGACCCCUUCGCCUCCGUUCCGGCGAGGGGAGUCCAGGAGUCGGCACUGAUCGGCGCCAGCCCCGCUAACCCGCUCGACGUACUUGUCGUCGGCGGCGGCGCCACCGGCUGCGGCGUGGCCCUAGACGCCACCACCAGAGGCCUUCGCGUGGGCCUCGUCGAGCGGGAGGACUUCUCGUCCGGCACAUCAUCGCGAUCCACGAAGCUAAUUCAUGGAGGAGUUCGGUACUUGGAGAAGGCAGUUUUCAAUAUAGACUAUGGACAACUGAAGCUGGUGUUCCAUGCCCUUGAGGAGCGUAAACAGCUUAUUGAGAAUGCUCCACACUUAUGCCAUGCUUUGCCAUGCAUGACACCAUGUUUUAGAUGGUUUGAGGUAGUGUACUACUGGAUGGGCUUGAAACUGUAUGAUCUGGUCGCAGGACCACGCCUGCUGCACCUGUCAAGAUAUUAUUCUGCACAGGAGUCUGUUGAACUCUUCCCCACUCUUGCAAGGAAGGGCAAAGAUAGAACCCUGAAGGGGACAGUGGUUUAUUAUGAUGGACAAAUGAAUGACUCAAGACUUAAUGUCGGGUUAGCAUGCACUGCUGCAUUAGCAGGUGCAGCUGUGCUUAACCAUGCUGAAGUUGUAUCCUUUCUGAAAGAUGAGGGCAGUGAGCGGAUAAUUGGUGCUCAUAUUCGAAACAAUUUGACAGGUAGAGAGUUUGAUACAUAUGCAAAAGUAGUUGUGAAUGCUGCUGGUCCAUUUUGUGAUUCUGUGAGGAAAAUGGCUGACAGCAAUGCAAGGCCAAUGAUAUCUCCAAGCAGUGGUGUUCAUAUUGUGCUGCCUGAUUAUUACUCUCCUGAAGGAAUGGGCUUAAUUGUUCCAAAAACAAAAGACGGGCGUGUUGUCUUCAUGUUGCCAUGGUUGGGGAGAACAGUAGCUGGCACUACAGAUUCCAGCACAACGAUUACAAUGCUUCCAGAACCACAUGAGGACGAAAUUGAAUUUAUACUGGAUGCCAUUUGCGAUUACCUUAAUAUCAAGGUCCGCCGUGUAGAUGUUCUAUCUGCUUGGAGUGGGAUUCGCCCAUUGGCAAUGGAUCCUAAUGCAAAGAACACUGAGAGCAUUUCCAGGGAUCAUGUUGUAUGUGAAGAUUACCCUGGUUUAGUCACAAUUACUGGUGGAAAAUGGACGACAUAUAGAAGCAUGGCAGAAGAUGCAGUUGAUGCUGCUAUAAAGUCUGGAAAGCUGAAUCCUACCAACAAAAGUUUGACAUACAAUCUAUGUCUUCUUGGGGGUGAUGGAUGGGACCCAGCUUCUUUUACAGUCCUUGCUCAACAAUAUGUCCGCAUGAAGAGGUCACAUGGUGGCAAAGUUGUCCCAGGAGUAAUGGACACAACUUCAGCAAAGCAUUUGUCACGUGCAUAUGGUACUCUGGCUGAACGAGUGGCUGCCAUAGCUCAGAAUGAAAAUUUGGGGAAGCGACUUGCCCAUGGAUACCCCUUCCUAGAAGCUGAGGUUGCAUAUUGUGCUAGGCAAGAGUAUUGUGAAUCAGCUGUGGAUUUCAUUGCCAGGAGAUCUCGGCUUGCUUUCCUUGAUACGGAUGCAGCAGCCCGCGCAUUGCCCCGCAUAGUUGAGAUACUGACUGCUGAACACAAAUGGGACAAGUCGAGGCAAAAGCAAGAAGUACAGAAGGCUAAAGAAUUUCUGGAAACGUUCAAGUCAUCAAAAAAUGCCCAAUUCCAUGAUGGGAAACACAAGUAGAUCAAUGCCGUAGAUUUGGAUUUCCAUGGGGGGCCGGAUUUUUUCGCCUUUGAAAUUUUCUGGGAAUGUUUCCAAUUGUUCGUUUGACAUCUGUUCUCCAACGCCAGCUAGGCGACUAUUUAGGUUGUUCCCUAUGCAUCUCUGCGAAAUAGGCUCGACUCCCUUAAAAUUGGUAAGUGGCAAGAAUCAGCUAUGGUAAUACUACAAUUGUUGUUACAACAUAUAGAAAUGAAUGAGAGCUGUGAUUAUGAUGAUUGUUUCUAACAUUCAAGAACACACUUUCGGGGAUUGCUGGUUUAUCUGAAUUUUUUGGUUUUACAGUUAUGAUGUUUAAUGUGUAAUUUAACUUGGAUUUUUGCUAGCCUCUCUGACUUGGCGGCAAGUAUAUUACAGUUAACACCACCCCCAGUUUGGUGCUUUUACUCAA